UGCAAAACUUUAAGAUCGGUCGUAUCUUAUUCGGGGGGUGCCGAUGCUUCGAAGGCGCCGUAAAUAAAAAUAACGGGAAGAUUCUUUUAUUUUCACGGGGGUUUAUUUGGGCUGGGGAGGGGGCAAAACUCGGGGGCUUCUCUUUUGACACCCCCCCUUUUCACCUUCCCAGAAAGAGGAGGAGGCGCAGAAGCUGGGAGAGUUGGCCAUGUUUCCCGCCGAUGGGAACAUCGAUCUCAUGUACUUCCCGUAUUAUGGAAAGAAAGUUCAAGUCAACUACACCCAGCCCGUGGUGGCCAUCAAAUUCCUCAACCUGACCUUCAACCACGACCACAAUGUGGAGUGUAAGAUGAACGCCGUCAACAUCGCGACCAACGACGAGCGAGACAAAUUCGCCGGCCGGGUAGCUUUCAAAAUCCGCGUCAACAAAGACUGAAGCUGACAACGUCCCCCCC